AUGCAGACUAACGUGCAGAUCGACACGAAGGGGCUGCGACACUCGCCCGAGCAUGGCAAAGGGCAGGGGAACUACCGCGGAGUCACCGCUGAGAAUAAUGUAUGCAAAGGACACAAUCCUGGAUUGCUACAACACGACAUUGCAUCCGAGGCUCGUAAAGCUAGCGUUAAAGUGGGACAAGGAUUUAUAUAUGAAUUGUUACGUGCGGUGGCUCCGCUGGCGAUU